AUGAUCUCCUUUCGUAAUUUUUUCUUCUUCUUCAUAUUUAGCUAUUACAGAGGUGCAGUUGGUGCCUUAUUGGUCUAUGAUAUCACUAAACAUCAGUCAUAUGACAGUGUGGACCGGUGGCUGAAGGAGUUAUAUGAUCAUGCAGAUGCCAGUAUUGUCGUUAUGUUGGUGGGGAACAAGAACGACCUCUCUGAUGAGGCAAGGGAAGUACCUGCAGAGGAAGCCAAGGCAUAUGCAGAUAAUAAUGGGCUGCUUUUUAUUGAAACAUCUGCACUUGAUUCAACUAAUGUGGAAAUGGCAUUUGAGACCAUCCUCAGAGAUAUCUACCAGAAGGUUUUGAAGAGCAAAGGAGGAAGUCCAAAAAACAACACUGUGACGCUAACCAAAGAAGACUCCACAGUUCAGUCUGAAGCGCAAAGUACUCAAACAAAAAGCUACUGCUGCAAAAAUGUCUAAGGUUAAACAACCUUCAGCCACUCCUAGUGAUACACAUCAGUGUGAACCUGGCAUAACCAGAACAGAACUUCCGAAACACCGUGUUGCUUGCCUUUGUGGUCGCACACACAAGAACUGGAUUCAGGAUUCUCUACACUUAUAUAAACCUGACAAUCAAUACCUAGUCGUCUAUUGGUUAAUGAAACAUUGGGAUUUUUCUUAAGAUAUUGGUUUGUUGAGUGAAACCAGGGAAAUGGAAUUUAAAAUUAGGAAUUUGUUCUCACCAGGGUCUGUUUGCAAGUAAAACACUGAAACAUUGUCUUAGAUCUACCCUUUCAAAGUGUUUAUAUUUCCAUGACUAAUUAUGAAUUUGAUAUGGUUGCCUGCUGCUAAGAUGUCUUCACCCACCAAAAUUCCAUGUUAUCCUAAAAAAACAACAGCAAAACUAAGCACAGCUGAUGAUGUGUUUCAUUGGCAGUAGAUAUGUGGAGUCAGAGGUUUCGGAUGUCUACAAAUGCGGAAGAAAGCGACCACUCAGCAUUCGUAUCUUUUCAGAGCCAGACUACUUCUUGUGAAAGUACACUACACUAAGAUCUAGAUUUGCACGGAUCUUAAUGUGUUGCACUUUCAUAACAAGAAAUCUGGUUAAGAAAAGAACCGAACACGACGAGCGGCAGCCUUCUUCCCCAUUUGGAGGCAUCUGAAACCUAGGAAUGCACACGCCUAGGCAGAAACAAAUCAAACAUUGUUAAAAUGCACUCACAUGUACGUAUAAUAGGAAUAGAAUGCGACAUAGAAAUAACAAAAUCUAAUAGAGUUUUUAUAUACUAA